AUGUCGGACAAAUCGUCGUCGUCGCCGUCACCGAAUUGGCUGGCGAAGCUAAGACGGUCGCCCCAACCAAAAGCGGCCGAGAAGACGAAACCAGCCGAAGGUGGUGAUCCGGAGCCGGAUGCCAAAGCGAGAAGACGUGAGCAAGUCAGACGAGCGCAGAGAACCCAUCGAGACCGAAAAGCCACAUAUGUCAAGACGCUGGAAGCCGAAGUAGCCAAACUACGAGCCCGCGAUUCGGCGCACGAGGCCCAACUCCAAGCGUGCCGCCACGCCAUCCGUCGCCUCAAGGAUCUGAUCAAGUAUCACAAGAUCCCCCUGCCGUUGGAUUUGGCAUCAGAUCCCCAGAUCCAGAGCCCCCAGGCCACCAUCGAGCUCCUCGGCCUUCCGGAUUCCCGGACGCAGCACAUUCGUGCCCACCUGCCGCCCGAGACCGAGUCGGGAUUUGUCGCACCACAGAAUAUAUUAACCUCGUCCGACCUCUCUCACUACGGCACCCUCCACUCCGGCUCGACCAGUUGUUCCAGCGAUCUCUUCUCUGGCUUGACCAUCAGCGACGCUCCCACCAGUCUCCACGCACCCAGCAUCUACUCUCAAGCCACGAGCUCUGGUCUCCCGCCGCCGCCCCCGAUUUCUACCCCCAUGCAGCACCCGCAAGGUCUCGGCGCGACGCAGGUGGGAGUCGACUUUGUUCUUGCCCUGGAACAUGUCUGUCUAGGCCACCACGCCGCACACGCCGCCGCGGACGACGGAUCGGGCCACGAACUGAUGCUCAUGUCGCCGAUCAUGUGGCAUUCGCCCGCGCGUGGGCCAAGCACCACCAUCUCCGCACAACACCAUUCUACAACAGCACCAGACGUCACGACAGCGACCGGCCUGCCCAGCGGAACGAGAUGGAGCGUCCCAGCCGUGGAAUUGGAAAAGUUGCUGGACUUUUCGGACAAGCUCUCCCUAGACGGGGAGAUCACACCGGUAGAAGCGUGGCAGAGGGUUCGCCAGCAUCCGAAUUUUGGAGACUUGACCAGAGACGGGCUCGAGGCGCUCAAGGCGACGUUGUUGCCUGAGGUCCGGUGUUACGGGUGA